CGCCACGCUGACCAGCAGCUGUUUUACUCGUCGCUUUAAUGGUAGUCGCCUGUAAAACUAGCACUUGACAGCUUGCAUAUGCAGUUACUGCUUCAUUCAUAGCGCGCUGCCACAAACCGCGGCGUGCAUUUCCGUGGUCCACAAUAUCAGUCGCUUAGAGCGGUCGGCGGUCAUGAUUUCGCUGCAGCUGUGAUCGACAUCGAAUUGACCGCAGCGCGACUCGGCGCGCGCCAGCGAGAGUGCACGCGCAGCGGUCCAGCACGAUGGCGCCAAACCUGGCGGUCAGUCCGGCGCUGGACGCCACCGCCGAUGACCCCUCGCCGCUUCUGGAGUUGCCUGACUCUGUGUUGAUGCUGGUGGCGGCGCGGCUGCCCUCGGCGGACAAGAAGGCCUGCCGCCUGGCCUGCCGCGCGCUGCGAACCGCCGUCAGCGGCGCCGUCACGUCGCUACUGCUCACAGACACCAACCUGCCGCUGCUGGCGCCGCCGCUGCUGCCAUCAGCGCCGCCGGCGGCCACAGCUGCAACCGGCAGUGAAGCAGGAGCCAGCGCACCACCAGCAGAACCACACCACCAGCUGCCGGGCAGCUGCCACAGCUGCCGCCACCACUGCCGCCACACGCCGCCUCGCCGUGAGCCGCUGCACGUGCUCUUCCCCAACCUCACCCACCUGUGCCUGGGGCUGGGCCCCUCCCCCGGGCCCGAGUCCCGCCGUACGGCACUGCUGCGGGGCCUGCUCAGCACGAGCCUGCCGCGGCUGCGGGGCCUGCGGUGCUUGGACCUGUCGGCGGCAUGUCGUGACGUGGCGUUGGGCCGCACCGUGUCCGAGCUGCUGGCCACGUGGCGGCUGCUGGCGGAGCAGGGGCUGCCGGCGGGCAGGCCGGUGCGGCUGCUGCUGCACCCUCCGGCGGCACUAGCCUCCAGCGCACCGGCGGCAGCCGGCAGCGGAGCCGGUACCGGUACCGGAGGUGGUGGCGGUGGAGGCGGUGGUGAUGCUACUGCCGGGGCUGGGGCUGGGGCUGGGGCUGGGGCUGGGGCUGGGGCGGACGCAGUGCUACAGCCGGAUCAGCUGCUGGCAGCCAUGAUGGCGGUGCUGGGCCGGGCGCGGCCGCAGGCGGAGGUGCGGCUGGUGGCGGCGCCGCCGGGCAGCAAGCGGUACGACAAGCCGCGCAUCCCGGCCGCCGCCGAGCUGGUGGCGGCGCUGUCGGUGGGCGGGCUGGAUGCGGGCGUGGCAGUAGCAGAGCCCGCAGGCGGCAGUAGCAGGGGGCGCGCAUGGAGGUGCCCUGCAAUGACGGGGUUGGUGCUGGGUCCAGAGAGUUUCGACACCGCAACCCUGGCUGCUACAGCCGUCGCCCGCAGCGCCGCGGCCGCACACGCGGCUGCUACUGCCGCCGCCCUGGCGCCGUGGCUCAUCACCAACCCGCUGCACGUCAGCGUGAUGCUGCAACAACAACAACAGCAGCAGCAGCAGCAGGCGGUGGCACUUGCGCCCGCGGGCCCCGCUUCCGCUUCCGUUUCCGCUACCGCAGCCGCUACCGCAGCCGCAGCCGCAGCAGCAAUGCCAGGUGCGACGGGACGGCCGCCGCAGCUGCCGCCACAGGAGGAUGGCUCGGCCGGGCCGCCGUGGCUGCCACUGCUGGCGGCUGUGAACGCGGCAGCAGCCGGUGGCGGUGGCGGCGGUGGCGGUGGUGGCGGCGGUAGCGGUGUGGGGGCCGGCGGGUGGGACGGCGGCGCGGUGCGGGAGCUGCACCUGUGGGAGGUGUGGCCGCUGGCGGCGCUGCUGCCGCCGCAGUCGCCGCCGCCGCCGCUGCAGUCGCCGCCGUCCGCCGCGCCGCACUGCCUGUUGGGGCUGCGGCGGCUGGUGCUCAUGGACCAGCAGGCUGUGCUGGACCGUGACCGGCUCACCAGUGCUACCCUGGCGCCGCUGUCCGCCCUGUCCGCCCUCACACGACUGGAGCUGGCCUCGCUCACCGUGCAGGCGGGGCCGGCGGCGGCGGCGGUGGCGGCGGCGGCGGCGGCGGCGGUCCGGGCAGCGGCGCGGUGUGGCGGCGGGGUUGGCAGUGGCGGCGGGGGUGGCAAGGCGCAGGGCGGCCGGGGCCGCGGCGGGAAGGGGCAGGGCCCCGGCACUUCGGGGGUGGGGGCUGUGGCGGCGGCGGCGACGGCGUUGCUGCGGAAGCAGAGGCUGGCGGGGCGGCAGGCGGGCGCCGGCGUCUUCGCAGCCCUGCCGCAGGUCCUGCACCUGUCUGUGUACCACGCCCUCCGCAUCGAAUGGCCGCCCGACACCGACUCCGCCGCCGCCGAGCUAGCAGAGACCGUGUUCGGCUCCGGCAGUAGCAGCAGCAGCAGCAGCAGUAGUGGCAGCUGGGGCCACGGCAGUAGCAGUAGCAGCGGCAGUAGCGGCAGUAGCUUGCACAUGGCGGGCGGGCCGCUGGCGGCGUUGUUCCCGCGUCUGCGCCACCUGUCUGCGGGCGUGACGCCGGGACCCGCGGGUCGCAGCGGCGGCGAGCGGUGGGGCUACCUGGCGGGGGCGGGCGGGGCGCUUCGCAGCCUGCACCUGAGGGCGGCCACUGCGGAGGACCUCACGCUGCAGGGUCGCAGUGAGGUGCUGGCAUCCCUCACCGCCCUCACGGCGCUGCGGCUGUCCGCGGAGGCGGGCAAGCUGGACGGCAUACACGGUCUGGUCCGCACCCUGCGUUGCUUCCACCCACACACCCUAGCCGCGCUGCGCCUCAGCCGCCUCUCCAUGCGCCUCACAGCCGGCGCCGGCGGCGGCGACGGCCGCGGCGGCGGCGGCGGCGCCAGUGGCGGCAGCGGCGGCGGCGGCUGGGGCGGCAGUCCGGAGCUGCACCUGCCGCGGCUGACGCGGCUGGUGUUCGACUGCGGCUGCGGCGGCGAGCUGGUGGGCGCCUUUGAUGGCGUGGCGCUGAGUGCGGCACGGCUGAGGCGGCUGGAGGUCAAGGACUCUGAGACGGUGCGGCCGUGUGACCUGCAGUGGGCACUGGAGCGGCAGAUGGGUCUGACUCAGCUGGUGGUGCGCGACUGCGCCGGUCUGGCGGCGCCCGGCCUGAGACACGACCUGGCGGCGGCGGUGCGCGCCGCCGGCCGAUGGGGGCCGCAGCACUACCGCUGCAAGACGCCGCCGCCGGCGGGGGCGGGGGCCGCAGCCGGCGGCGGCAAACCCGCUGGCGGCGGCGCCGGCGGCGGUGCUGGCGGCGGGCUGCGUCUGAGUGUGAGCAACACGUCGGCUGAGGAGGAGCGGGCGCUGCGGCGCAGUCGGCAUGCGGGCGCGGACCUGGGGGCCGCGGCGCAGUCGGCAGGGGGCGCCUGGAAUGUGUGGGAGCCCGGUGGCACGGAGGUGGGAGGUGGGCGGUUGGAGGCGGCGGAGUACGGCGCUGGGGGCGGUUAUGGCGGUUAUGGCGGUUAUGGUGGUUAUGGCGGUGGCGGACCUGGCGGCACGGGUGGGUACGGCGAUUCAGCAGUCGGUGUUGAGGCUGGGGGUGGCGGUAGUUGCGGUGGGGGCGGGGGGCAGCUGGCGCCGGGGUUGGGGGGAGGGCCCACCGCGGAUGACCUGGAUGACUUCUGGGGCCGCUGGCGGUAGGCGGCAGGCGGCAGGGCAGGCGGCAGGCGGCAGGGUAUGGCUGAGGACGGCCCCAAGAGGGGACAGUGGUUCUGGACUGCAGCACGCACUGCAGUUUGGUGACCGGGCAAAAGGCGCGUGGGUGAGCAAGGGAGAGACGUUCUGUGGUAUGCAUGAGCGUCCAUAGGGUGAGCAUCCUGGUGCGUCUGUCUGGAUAGGAAAGCUCGCAAACCAGCUCGAUACAAAACGAUAUGCGUUCAUGAGAAUGUGGAUACGCAUACGGUGGAUGUAUGGUGGAUACGCAUACGGUGUUAACACGGGCCGGGUGGAUGGAUACGGUGCGUGCCGGUAGCGUUGGUACUAGCGCCGGUGAGGAUUGGGAUUCGUGUUGACCGGAUACAAACUCGUCUCAAAACGGAGUACAGAAUGCGUUUGCCUGGAUACGGAUACAGACAUG